AUGCCGAAGAUAAGAAUCAAGCAGACGCCGAACAGUCUUUGGUUAAGGCAACGCGAGCUGGGUGUGAGGUUCCCGCUGGGUCACAGCGAUGACUUUCACAAGACUCUCUACUCCUCUAUUCAACCCAUUACUUCAUGGGACCACGGAGAUAAUCUGACUGCCGCAAGACACGGCGGUGUAUUCAAUUUAGAAUACUCGCCAGAUGGGUCCCUUUUGUUGGCAGCAUGUGAGAAGAAAAGUAUUUUAAUGUUUGACCCAUUAUGUAGGAAAUUGAUACAUGCGAUAGAUAAUGCUCACAGUGACUGCGUCAAUUGCGUAAGGUUCUUGGAUCAGCGUAUGUUUGCGACUUGUUCGGACGAUAGUACAGUUGCUCUAUGGGACGCCAGGAACUUAAAGCAAAGGAUAAGAAUUCUUCAGGGACACUCAAAUUGGGUUAAAAACAUAGAGUACAGUCCGAGUGAUAGCUUAUUAUUGACCAGUGGAUUUGAUGGUAGCAUAUAUACUUGGGACAUUAAUAGCUUUACGGAAAAUAGUUUUGUGUACAAUCGUGUGUUUCAUACAAAUGGACUAAUGCGAACAAGACUUACUCCCGAUACUAGCAAAAUGUUAAUAUGCACUACUUCAGGAUAUCUCAUUGUAAUACAUAAUCUUAAACUUAGUACGCUAAGUCAGGAUUUGGUAGGAUUCAAGCCAAAUAUGUAUAGACUAAUGCAGUUAUCUCAAACUACCAUACCAAUCGCAGCAUCUUACACGCAUCUCUUUGCUCAUACUCGUACUCAUAAUAGAGUAGAGUUUCUUACCGAUUUUCCUAUAGGCGACGACGCUGAGGUAAUAUCCAGUUUACAAGUUCACCCCCAAGGAUGGUGCGCUUUGUCCCGAAACGUCAGCAGUGGAGAAAAGUCGGAGUGGACUUGUAUUCACGAUAUACAAGAACGCCAGGCAUCCAGCAAUAUGGAACAAGUCAAUGAGGUAGAAGAGGGCCGGCUAACGAGUCUAAACGUAGAGGAAUUUGAGGAAUUUCCUCAGUCGCAAGCGUCGCGUUCGGGUAUGACGUCUUCCUUUGUGAUAGAGAAUGGAAAUCGAGCCCGGAUAGUACACGACGUAUCGGAUGUAAGAUCAAAUUCGUUUGAUUCAUCUGUCCGCGUGUCCAUGGACGCCGCGCCGUCAUCAAUUAGAUCGUCGAGAACAAGCUGGCAGGUAACAGCGCGCAGAAAUUUACGUUCCCAAUCGAGAAGUCCGCGCCCGGAUAGAAACGCGAUGAGAACGAAUUUCGACAUGGUUGAGGUCAGUUCAAGUACAAGCGCCGCCGCCGAUUCGAGAGUAAAUGCGAUUCAUGACGACGAUAGAUCAGAAGACCAGAACGUAGAUGAUAACGACAGCUCGCCAUAUGAUGUGUCUGCUCUUGAAAGGGAUGCGCGGGAAUACAGAUCUCCCAGACCACACUCUCAGCUCAAUGACUUGCGGCGACGUAAUAUGAUCGACAAUUUCACCAGUGGUAAUGUAGAACUGCAUGUGAGUUCAACUGAUGUAUGGGAGGCACUUGUAGCAAUCAGAGAAACCAGACUUCGCAGGGAGCGAGAGAGACAAUUUUAUCCUGGUGCUGAAAGGAGAGACUGGCUCCCUAGAUCGAACAACGGCGUGAGCGUUCCUCGAUCGUCUCACACGGUCGUGAUAAUCGGUGAUCGUAAUCGGGUGCAGAAUUUGCAGAAUCGGCAAAAUCUGCAAACUAUGUAUGCGAUACCGAGGAAUCACAAGAUUCACCAGAAUACGCCUAGGUUGACGCAUUACAUCGAGGAACCCAAUGUCGGUUCCGGUUAUAUCAAGGAACUGUGCUUCUCGGCUGAUGGUAGAUUGAUAUGUUCGCCAUUUGGUUAUGGGGUACGAUUACUAGCAUUCUCGAGUGACUGCACCGAGCUAUCUAAUUGCGUUCCACCUGCCAACGAGUCCGUGCAGCUUCACGAAUUAGCGACACACAUUGGUCAUUCCGAUAUUGUUGUUAGCACAAAAUUCUCACCUAAACACUAUCUGCUCGUAUCCGGCUGCCUCAGCGGCAAGAUUGUCUGGCACCAGCCGGUAGUUUAG